GCCUUUCCUGUUCUCUCUCUAGAAUUUCUCCAUGAACAUACUGAACAAGCUCGGAUUCGGAUCAAGACACACCAACAUGGACCCUUCUCCGAUUGCUCAGGGUCCCGAUGACGAUUCUCCGGCGCUGGGAAACCAGUUUGCGCAAUUCGCCGCCGGAUGCUUCUGGGGCGUAGAGCUUGCGUACCAGAGGGUCUCCGGCGUGACCAAGACCGAGGUUGGCUACAGCCAAGGGGUCAUCCACAAUCCGGCAUACGAGGAUGUCUGUUCGGGAACUUCGAACCAUGCAGAGGUUGUUAGGGUUCAGUAUGAUCCCAAAGAGUGCAGCUACGAGGCGCUGCUUGACCUGUUCUGGUCGAGGCAUGACCCCACCACGUUGAAUCGUCAGGGGCACGACGUGGGAACCCAGUACCGAUCAGGGGUAUACUUCUACACACCCGAGCAAGAGAAGCUGGCAAACGAGUCACUGGACCGUCACCAGAAACAAAUGGACAGGAAGAUUAUGACGGAGAUAUUACCGGCCAAGAAGUUCUACAGAGCCGAAGAGCACCACCAGCAGUACCUGGCCAAAGGCGGCCGGUUCGGUGACAAGCAAUCUGUGGCUAAGGGCUGCAACGAUCCUAUCCGCUGCUAUGGGUAAAACCCUGCUCGGGUUCAUCGUAAAGGCCGUGGCCCUUUUGUGGUUAUAAAACUUGGUGUGAUUGUAUUAUCAAUGUGGAAUGUGUGAAGAGACCUGAUUUUGAUGUAUUUUUAUGACAACCUCGAAGUAAAGAGCUUGUUUCAUGUCUUUUUAAUGCUGAAUGUAUGUGACUGAGAACAACUAAAUUCAGCAGGAUCAUUGGUUGCUUCA